GUUGCUGCGUUUGCUUUAACAGAGACAGCAGUUUUUUUUUUAUCCGGUGAUUUUUAUUUAAUCGCAAAUAAAUUAUACGUACGUAUAUAAAGAAUUACAGUUGACAUUUGCGUUAUUUAUUCGGAUGCGGUUUAUAAAAUUGAGUAACUUAAAACAAUUCUUAAAGAAUAGAGAAGCUUGCUAAGGACUAACCAUGAAGCUAUGCAGUUUAGCUUGCUAGCUAGCUAGUUGCUGAGGGUUUGUUCUAGCAUGUCUUCAAAGAUUCCGAAUCUUAUAUCUAUCAAAAUAUAAUAAUAAAAAAAAGAUCAGGUUUUAAAUUGACAUAAAAAAAGGAAAUCAUCAACAAGUGAAGAAGAAGAAGACACACUUCAGCCAGAUCUAGCCUUGGUGUAAAUGUUGACUCAUUUUAAAAUGUUUUUGUCAGAAGGUCAGCAUCGGUCGCCAUAGCAACAGAUAUCGUUUUAACUUUUUAGACAGCGUUUAGUCUGCCUGUCUGAAAUCCGAUGAAGGAUGUCGAGUGGCGACGCGGGGGAUCGUGGGAAAGAAAGGGAGCGCGGUGCCCGCCCUAAAGUGCGUCAGAGUCGUUCUGAAGAACGCCAGGAUGGAGGGAGGCGGAAAGCUGGCAGGGGUAAAAGAAAAGGACGCCUGGCUUAUGAAGCAGCGGCGGAGAGGCCGGUCAGCGACGGGUUCGAAUACGGCGAUCUCUUAAACGGACUGGAGUCUGGAAACGGGGGCUCUGUGUUCCGGUGGCGCCAAGUCCUUGGCUCUCCCGCGUCCUCGCUGACGGAGAAAGUAUCGGCCAGGAUGUCUCAAAACGCCCCGAACAAUGACCAACACGCAGCGUCUGAGACCAGCGGGAAGUCUUCCAGUGCCAGCCGUACCCUAAGGCAGAAGAUUCAGGACGCCGUAGGUCAAUGUUUUCCUAUCAAGACCCACAGCGGACCUUCCGCUUCAGGACAGAGCGUCGCGGCAUCUCCCGUGACAGCAGCUUCUUCCCGGAGGAAGAUCCAUCUGAGUGAGCUCAUGCUGGACAGUUGUCCGUUUCCAGCCGGCUCAGAGCUGGCACAGAAAUGGUACCUGAUCAAGCAGCAUACUGCUCCGAUUUCCCAACCGCCCGUACUUGAUAGUUUAUCCGCUGCUGGAGGGUCGACAUCGGGAUCGACAUGCUCCGCUUCCUCGACUUGUGUGGUCGAGGAUGAGGACGAUCGCUUGCGUGAAAGGCGGAGAAUCAGUAUCGAGCAGGGUGUCGACCCGCCGCCCAAUGCUCAGAUCCACACGUUUGAGGUGACCGCACAGAUAAACCCGCUGUACAAGCUCGGGCCCAAGCUGGCACACGGGAUGAACGAGUUGGCCGGGGACGACAGGGCCACGCUACAGCAACAGCAGCACAUGCUGCAGAGGCAGCAGCACCACCAGCUGCUUCUCCAGAGCUGCUUGGACACCCUAGACGAAGUUGUCGCGUCGUCCUCAGGAUCCGCCCCACCUUUCACUACCGAGUCCCACCCGGAUUCGGAUUCCUCCUCAUCCUCGCCUUGUUCCCUAACUAGAGGCUCUCUGGUAACCCUGUCGGAGCAUUUCAAACCUCAAGACGCCCACCAUCGUGCGCACACACAGAUCGACUACAUCCACUGCCUGGUGCCCGACCUGCUCCAGAUCACCAACCUGCCGUGUUACUGGGGCGUCAUGGAUCGCUACGAGGCCGAGACCCUUCUGGAGGGCAAACCCGAGGGGACGUUCCUGCUCCGUGACUCGGCUCAGGAGGACUACCUGUUCUCUGUCAGCUUCAGGCGCUAUGGCCGCUCCCUGCACGCUCGUAUCGAGCAAUGGAACCACAACUUCAGCUUCGACGUGCACGACCCCAGCGUGUUCCACGCGCCAACGGUCACGGGCCUGCUUGAGCACUACAAGGACCCGAACUCCUGCAUGUUUUUCGAGCCGUUGCUUUCGAACCCCAUCCAUCGCACACGGCCGUUCAGCCUCCAGCACAUCUGUCGCGCUGUCAUCAGCAGCUGCACCACGUACGAUGGGAUCAGCGCCCUGCCCAUCCCCAACGCCCUUAAGGAGCACCUGAAGGAAUAUCAUUACAAGCAAAGGGUUCGUGUACGGAGGCUCGAUACCGGGUGGUAGUGAAAAACCAGUGAUGGUGUGUGAACUUUUACCAUAGCCAGUAAAAACUCUCGUUAAAACUAAUCCAGCACUCCUUAUACAGGCAUGCAAACUGCAACGCAAGCAGGAAAAAAACUAACGUUCUACAUGUUAACGAUCCACAAUAUCACGAAUAGAGCACCAUACGGUUGCUAAUUCCUAUCCCAAGGCAGUACCGGCUAGCGGCUUGAAUCAAACCCAAAGUGUUUUGAUGCUAACCCAUCAAAGAAGAAACUUCCACUUCCAGCAGAAAAUGAAUUAGCAAUUCCAAGCAUGCUAACACUAGUACAUUAAAAACCGCAUGACUUGGUUGCCAACUGAUACCACGACAAAUAGAAACUAUAGCGUUAAAGCUAGCAUGAACAAACCACUGCAUGUCCGUUAGUUAGCAUAUAGCCACUAACAGCUAUCAGACACUGGCCUGAUAAUUGCCCUCGAAAUUAAAUUUCGGUGUCGUCCGUGCCUUGUGCAUGUCGGUGAAGUGUUACGUCUGUGAGCGCGGGGUACAUGUAAAACCCCCUGUUAACCUUGCCUAGCGUGUUUCAACUAGCAUCUUUACAAAGACCAAAUGAUAAUACAACAAAAGAUUUCCAGUUAGCUAAUUAUUAAAUCUGUAAUUAAAUCUAGUCUAGCUAGUUGGUUUUGUAGAUGGCAACUUUGGAUCUGGUGAAAUAGUAACAAAGCAACUCAAGACGCCUCGAUUUCUAGGGACAAAAAGGACAAUGUAAACCAAAAAGUCUACCAUAUAAACACUAGCAAACAAAACCGAAUGAGUGAGGUAAUAUUCAAAAAACUUCUUUUUGAUUUGCCGCUUAUGUCUCUUGAUUCUUGAUAAGUUGAAGAAAUAGUUUCAAGAAAACCUGAAAUUGAAACCUUGCUCUAGCUCAAAAUGAUUACUAAAUUCCUCUUUUGAAGAGAUUUUGUGAGACAUUGCUCCACCCCCCAAGUCCCUCUGACGUUGCUUAAUUUUAUAUGGGAUGUACAAAUGUCAUAGCUGUUCACCUCAAAGAUACUUACACCCAGUCAACUGGAGAAAGCUCCGUCCAUUUGACAUUUGGAUUAAUUUAAAAAUAAAUUUAAAUUUAUAAAAAAGCUUUUUUUGUCCCCACCCCCACCCCCCCUAUUUCGAGGAUUUAAACAUUCCUGACCUGCUGAUUAACCUUUACAUUGGCCGAUGUUUGUUUUCGAUGUUUAUUUGUAAAAGCACCGAUCUUCUGAGGAUGAAUGUACAACACGUAGGUAUACUCGACUGUGGAUGUGUAAGAUAUAUAUAAAAUAAACUUCUUUGCACCACCAAGUUGAUGAAUGUAGCAGUUCAGACAAAAGCAGAAGGAAAGGCUAGACCUUUACUUGCGCGCAACUCUAUAUCUGAAGGCGAUUUUAUUGCACUAACACGUGGCGCGUUAGUAUCUUGAGUAUUAGCCGCUAUGAUAUCUACCUGAUCGUCAGGACGGAGUGCGUAGUGUGAUUUAAUCUGAAAUAAUUGGAUUAACUUACCGAAAGCUUCCAAACCUGCUGCACGUACACACACACACACACACACACAGAUGCUCUCCUCAAGUCUUAAAGUAACGAAGAACUGUAUUCACUGCAGGCGUCUUCGUCUGUAAAUUGCCUGACUGUAGAUUUGUGGGUGUUUUGUAAGAAAGUUUCAGUGCAACCCUUUGCAGAAAACAAAGACAUUCUAGGUCGCACAAGCUUUGAGCUGCAUGAUAUGUUGGUGAGCUAGCUAACAUAACUGAUGUUUUGAAACGUGACGCUCUGCUGUUUUUAACACGCCCUUUGUUGAAUUCCUUUGUUGAGGGUAGAGCUGUCUGAGUCAUGCAACUUUCUUUAAAUAAUGAGAAAAACAUGCAGGAAAUACAAUUUAAAGUGAUUACACAGCAGUGAAAAAAAAUUUCUUAGCUAGCUAGGUAAUAUAUAUUCGUUUAGCAAGAUAGCUUACUUGCGAUGUGCAAGGUUUGCAGGAAUUUUAAAACAAAAUUACCAAAGAAUUAAAAGCUACUCGAAUAUUACUAUUAACAAUUUAACAAAUUCAACUGAUUAAACUAUUUUUUUUAUGUUUAUAUAAUAUAGUUUGCAAAUAAUUAUUAUCAUAGUCAUUUAGCAUCGCAGAAUACGUCUGUUAAACAUUUUCUCCACAAAGAAUUUCCUAGAAAGUCGUGGAAUAUUAACGUAUUUCCUUUCAACUUUUGGGGUCUAAUCUAUUCAUUUAGCAAGCUAGCUGAUUACCUCGCUGAGUUCUCCCAACUGCAGUUGUCUUUUAUUUUUUAGUCAGAUUGUAAAGCAAGUUAGCUUUGGAAAAGUGUGUUGUAGUGAAAAUCUUUUCCAAGUGCACACUUCUGAGAAGUAUCAGGAAGUCGAUGAAGGGCGCAUUGAGAACAGGAUUGAAGCGCAAGGCUAGGAAGCAAAAAUGUUUUCUUAUUUAAAGCACUUAAUUUUCAAUUCGCUGUUUCACUUGCUUUGCAGUACUUUUUGUUAUUUCGGGACCACGCUAAACAUCUGCUGAAGAAGUACAUACAUGAACUCUAAAGAUUAUUGUUUUUUUUCUUUUUUAAACACUGGUAUUUAUGUCUUAUUUUUAUUUAACCCACUUUUAUUUGCUGAUAAUCAUUUAUUUCUAACACAUUUAAAUAAAAAAUUAGUAGUUGGAUAAUGUGAAAAGCACAUAAAUAAACUCUUCUGUGGAUUUACAGCUUUUGUGACUUGUUUCUGGCCAAAAUUUAAAAACUUAAAACCUUAAAAUGCAGCUAAGGGCAAACUUUUAUGAAAUUUGCACAGUUGAGCAAAUAAGGUAUGAUGGUUAAGUUUUUUUGUUUUGUUUUUACUUCCAAAAACAAGCAAAUACACACAACUGGAAAGAAAAACAGGUUUUGUGUAGGAGGUGAAUUAAAAGGGUUUAUACAAUGAUUUACAUUAUCCAAACCUUUAGUUAUACCUAUUUAAUUCAUUAUUAAUUCAUAAUUGUAUUGGGUUAUUCAUGUAAUUAAUCAUUGAUGACCUCCUAGAGA